GUACAAGAAGCCUUCAUGACUUACACAGUGUAUGAUGAUAUUAUCACCAUUAAGCUUAUCCAAGAGGCCCAGAAGGUUCUGGGUGUCUCCGUGGAAGCCAUUCUGAAACUCUUUGGCGAAUACUUCUUUAAAUUCUGUAAGAUGUCUGGCUAUGACAGGAUGCUGCGGACACUGGGAGGGAAUCUUGUGGAGUUUAUUGAAAAUCUGGAUGCCCUCCACAGUUACCUCGCGCUGUCUUAUCAGGAGAUGAAUGCGCCAUCGUUUCGUGUGGAGAAAGGAGCAGACGGGAAAAUGCUUCUUCAUUACUACUCUGAUAGAAGUGGUCUGUGUCACAUUGUACCAGGUAUCAUUAAGGCUGUGGCCCAGGACUUCUUUGACAUUGAUGUAAACAUGGAAAUACUUGACAUAAAUGAAGAGGAGGAGAGGACAGGGAAAAAGGAGCACAUUGUGUUUCUGGUUGUGCAGAAGACAUACAGACAGAUGAGAAGAGCAAAUCCAGGCAGGUCACAAGAAGGCCAGGACGUCCAGAGAGACCAAGAGGCCCUUGAGACAGCUUUUCUUAGAAUGAAGGAGAAGUAUCUGAGCGUAUGUCUUUGUCCCAUGAAGAAAUCUCGCUGGGAUAUUGUGAGAAGCAUAGUCAUGUUUGGAAAAGGGCAUCUCAUGAACACCUUUGAGAUGGUUUAUCCUGAGAGACUCUGGAUUGAAGAGAAAACAUUCUGCAAUGCCUUUCCUUUCCACAUUGUGUUUGAUGAGUCGCUGAGGGUCAAGCAAGCCGGAGUGAACAUCCAGAAGUAUGUCCCAGGACUCCUAACCCAGAAGAUUCGAGUAGACGAGCAUUUCUGCAUCGUUCAUCCCCAAGUUACCUUCAACAUCUUCAGCAUCUGCAAGUUUAGCAACAGUCAAUUUGUCUUGAAAACACGACGAAAAAUGAUGCCUGAAGUGUGGAAAACAAAGCCCAUGCUCAAACUCCGAGGCCAGAUGAUCUGGAUGGAGUCCAUGCGGUGCAUGGUAUACAUGUGCUCACCGAAGCUGCGCAGCCUGCAGGAGCUGGAGGAGCGCAAGAUGCACCUUUCUGACAUCGCACCCCACGACGCCACCAGGGAUCUCAUCCUCCUGAACCAGCAGCGGCUGGCUGAGAUCGAGCUGUCCAACCAGCUAGAGAGGAAGAAGGAGGAGCUGCGGGUCCUCUCCAAGCACCUGGCCUUAGAAAAGAAGAAAACGGAGACCUUGCUGUACGCCAUGCUGCCUGAACACGUGGCCAACCAGCUGAAGGAGGGCAAAAAGGUCGCUGCAGGAGAAUUUAAAACCUGCACAAUUCUUUUCAGUGAUGUGGUGACCUUCACUAGCAUCUGUGCUGCCUGCGAACCUAUUCAAAUAGUGACUAUGCUGAACUCCAUGUACUCCAGGUUUGACAGGUUAACCAGCAUCCACGGUGUCUACAAAGUGGAAACCAUAGGAGAUGCUUAUAUGGUGGUUGGGGGCGUACCAGUGCCUGUUGGAAACCAUGCUCAAAGAGUGGCUAAUUUUGCAUUGGGGAUGAGAAUUUCUGCAAGAGAGGUGGUGAAUCCUGUUACCGGAGAGCCCAUCCAGGUAGAGAUGGGGAUCCACACUGGACCUGUCUUAGCAGGCGUCGUGGGGGACAAAAUGCCCCGGUACUGCUUGUUUGGUGACACUGUGAACACAGCAUCUAGGAUGCAAAGUCAUGGACUUCCCGACAAAGUGCACAUCAGCCCCACGGCCUACAGAGCCCUGGAAAAUCAAGGGUUUGAAAUAAUUGAGAGGGGCGAAAUUGAAGUGAAAGGUAAAGGAAAAAUGACCACAUACUUUUUGAUCCAGAACUUGAAGGCCACAGAGGAUGACAUCAUGGGGAAGCCUAAAAUCCGUCUGGAUCACAAGGGUAAGCAAAAGAAUGGGAGACCUGCCCUUCCCAUCUCCCCUGGAGCUCAGGGCUGGGGACUCCAGCAGGCUGGGGAAGGCCAGGGACUCUCAGGGAGCCCCAAGUCCUCAAACGGCUUCCCAAGUGCCGUGAGAACGUGA